AGGCGGGGCCUAAAGAUCAUACUUGGUUGAAUGGCAAUACAAAGACAAGAGGCACCAAAACGGAGGAUAACGCUAAUCAAUUCUGCGGGCUUCGGUCUUGAGAAUCUGCAGGGAGAGGACGUGCAGCUCCGCGCGAGCAGAGCGGAUUCGACGUUCCUCUGGCGUGACAAUUCAUCUUCUCAUCUAGACGCCAGCGCUGGUGAUGUUGCUGCUACUGCACCAAGAGCACUGGAGAUACCUAACGUUACAUGCACAGCACGGAUGAAGACUCCUUCAAUAAAGGACACUUGUGAGGUCAUCUUGGGAAGAUGCAACUUCUCAUGCAGGAGCGUUGGAAAGCUCAAGUUUUCACAGCAAUAUUGAUCGUGUAAUCAUCUAGUUAGUGGGCUGCGACCACAUAUUCACAGGUGUACAGCUUGCGUGGAUCAGUGCAUCAGUGCGUAACGUUACGCACCAUGGAGUCGUGCUCAAACCAAACCACACUUUCGCGGACAGUGUUUGUUCUGUCAUGAAAACGUGGAUCAGGCGUGAUGGACGUAGGGUCAGUUGUCAUUGAUUUGGACUCACCAAUGCGUUUUUAAGCAGAGUGCGAAUUAUACAGUGACUUUAAGGGGGAAAAACUUGACUAUUUUAAAACGAAUUUUUCCUUUUUAAAGAAAGAAAUCUGGUAAAUUAUUAAGGGUGAAUUUAAUUUGAGGAGAACUAUUUUCAAGGUUCGUCUCGCGUAAACGCAAAUUGCCAUUUGGCGCCACUAACAAAUAUCAGUAACCUGAGAGACUUUUUAAACGAAACACUUAGGUUUUGGGACAAAUUCUUGAUAUGUAACGCUAUAAUAUGCUUUAGUUUUUGUAAUGCUUAAUUAAUUAAUUGCAACGGAAAGCUCGUGGUUACCUCGUCUGGCAAACGCGACUGAUGUUGGUUAGCUUCCGUUUGGCGACAGGUGAGAACACGCGCUCUGACUAACUUACCUAACUUUUAUUCGUGUUGAAACAUUUCGAAACCUAUAUACAGGCCUGCUUGCGUAUAAAUAUAUAGGCUACUGUUGUGUGGUUUUAGUACUUUCACAACCUUUUGAUUUGAUUUCCUCUGGGAGGUUCAAAGGGGUUGAAUCUCAUAAACGCGUGAUUUGUAUGUUCACAUCCAUGAAUUGAAAUGGGGCGCAAAAUUACUCCUGCUGUUUACCUCCUCUAAUGCUCCAGCCACCUGAGGAUGUGUCUCAAACAACUACUUUGUAUAUUUUAUAAUUAUUUAAAGACCUCUGUGUUAAUAAUAAUGUAAAAAACGAACGGAUUGACUUGCAAAAUGUAUCUCUCUCUCUCAGAAAGGCUGACUACAACAGCUGUACUCACUUUACAUCGGUCCUGUUUUAUAAAAAUAUACAAAAUGCUGCUUUAUAAAUUAAAAACUCACCACUUUUACUAGUUUUCAAUGGGAUGCACGUCUCUCACGCAAUUUUGGUUUACUUUUUUGUUUUAAAUCACCAUCUAACUGCAACGGUGUGUCUUAAACUUGCUAAAUGACUUUAAAAUAGGCGAUGUUCCCCAAAGUAGCCUAAUGACUGAAACAUCCCCUCUUUAGUGGAAAAACUAUAUAUAUUUGGGAUCAUAUACAUGAUUGAUAAGUUUUAUAUUUAUACAGUGUGGGAAUAAUUCAAUUCCAGUUAAAUCAAUAGGACUUUUGAAAAAAAAAAAUCUAUCAGUAAUCUGUUUUGGUUCGUUUCCGUAACCUUUCUUACACAACAACAAAACGCCAACGGCUUUAUUAUUUAUUUGUGGCAUGUACUUAUAGUAACUUGAUAAUAACAGUAGGUAUGCAUGGUUUGAUAGAAACAGCUGUUAAGCAGCUGUUGCUGUGGUUUCCUCCUCAAGCAAAGGUUUCAGGUCGCGAGCGUAGGCUUUACUUUUAACGCACUCUGACUACUGAAAUGUUAUUUGAAUAUAUGUAUAUGUUUGCAUGUAAAAACAAAACUUGAAAGCUUUUCUCUGACCUCCCUCGGGGAGUUAAUUAGGAAGUCUAACUCCCUGUAAUUCGCACCCUGAAGUCAUAUACUGCAUGCAGUAAUCGAGAUCAUGUCCAGAUCUAACAGCGUGAGCCCACCCGGCGCUGGCGCUCCUGGACUGAGGGGAGGGACAGAGCACAGAUCCGCUUGGGGCGAGUCUGAGUCCGUGCCGAACGGAUGUCCAUACUCGGCCAGAUCCUCCUGCAAAAAGCUCAUACGGUCCAACAGUCGGUGGAGAGAGGACGAUGACUUCGAGCGACAACCGGGCCGCGCCACGACCACCGUCAGCCGGGUUAGUUUCAGAUCCAAGUCUGCCUGGCAAGAACACGGGGAGGAGAGUCGCAACAAUAACAGAUCUUCCCCGAGGUACCGAGAUGGAGAAGUGAGACCCAAGUCCGUGGAAUUGGGUUUGGAGGUCAGAACAACCAAGUCCAAACCAGAGGAGGAGCUCAUGCCAGAAGUGAACUUUUCCAUGAGCGCGUGCUGCAGCGGCGUGAUGCAGAUUUUCAAAUCCAAGAAGUUCCAGUCGGAGAAGUUGGAGAGGCUUUACCAGCGCUACUUCUUCCGACUCAACCAGAGCAGCUUGACGAUGCUCAUGGCCGUUCUGGUGCUGGUGUGCGCGGUGAUGCUGGUCUUCCACUACGCUGAAGGAGUGUUUCGGCCCACUUACGUAGUGGUUUUCUCCACGGCAAUCUUACUCAUCCUCACGCUGAUAGUGGUGUGCAACAGGAACGGCUUCCAUCAGGAUCACAUGUGGAUAGUUUGCUAUGUUAUCAUUUUCGUGGUGCUGGCUGUACAGGUGAGCGGUGUGCUGCUCGUGAAACCUCGCAGCGCGUCUGAAGGCAUCUGGUGGACCGUGUUUUUCAUCCACGUCAUUUACACACUUCUGCCGGUGCGGAUGAGAGCAGCGGUCAUCACUGGAAUUAUACUGUCUGCCAUACAUGUGCUGGUCUCGUGGAAGUUAAACGACAUGGACGUCUUUUUGUGGAAACAGCUCGUGUGCAAUGUCCUGAUCUUCUCCUGCACUAAUAUAGUUGGCGUGUGCACGCACUAUCCAGCAGAAGGCUCACAGAGACAAGCCUUCCAGGAGACCAGAGAAUGUAUUCAAGCCCGCCUGCACUCUCAGAGAGAAAACCAGCAACAGGAACGCCUCCUCCUCUCUGUGCUUCCUCGACAUGUCGCCAUGGAGAUGAAAGCUGACAUAAAUGCCAAACAAGAGGAUAUGAUGUUCCACAAGAUCUAUAUUCAAAAGCAUGACAAUGUGAGUAUCCUCUUUGCCGACAUUGAGGGCUUCACCAGUCUGGCUUCCCAGUGCACUGCCCAGGAGUUAGUGAUGACCCUCAACGAGCUCUUCGCACGAUUCGACAAACUGGCCUCCGAGAAUCACUGUCUGCGGAUUAAGAUCCUGGGCGACUGCUACUACUGCGUGUCGGGGCUGCCUGAGGCCCGUGCCGACCAUGCGCACUGCUGCGUGGAGAUGGGUGUGGACAUGAUCGAAGCAAUCUCGUUGGUGAGGGAAGUCACCGGAGUCAACGUCAACAUGCGUGUGGGUAUACACAGCGGGCGAGUCCACUGUGGGGUGCUGGGAUUAAGGAAGUGGCAGUUUGAUGUCUGGUCCAAUGAUGUCACCUUGGCCAAUCACAUGGAAGCUGGGGGCAAAGCAGGGCGUAUUCACAUCACCAAGGCCACACUGAACUAUCUGAAUGGGGAUUAUGAUGUGGAACCUGGAGUUGGUGGAGAAAGAAACGUCUAUCUCAAGAAGCACAACAUUGAAACUUACCUCAUUGUGGGCUGCAGUCAGAAGCGGAAAGAAGAAAAGGCCAUGAUUGCUAAGAUGAACCGGCAACGCACCAACUCGGUCACACAUAAUAGCACUCACUGGACCGACCGGCCCUUCUACAAUCACCUGGGUGGCAAUCAAGUUUCCAAAGAGAUGAAGAGGAUGGGAUUCGAGGAUCCCAAAGACAAACAUUUCAUUUUCAGAAACACCCAAGAAAACCUGAACCCUGAGGAUGAGGUGGACGAGUUUCUGGGACGUGCCAUUGACGCUCGAAGCAUCGACCGAUUACGGUCUGAACACGUCAAGAAAUUUCUGCUGACAUUCCGAGAACCUGAUCUGGAGAAGAAGUACUCCAAACAGGUAGACUCCAGGUUCGGAGCAUAUGUAGCCUGUGCCUCCCUCGUCUUUUUAUUCAUCUGCUUCAUUCAGAUCGUCAUUGUGCCGCACUCCAAGCUGAUGGUUGGUUUCUAUAUGCUGUGCCUGGUCCUACUGAUGGCUGUCAUGUUCAUCUCUGCCAUUUACUCCUGUUUUGGGUUUUUCCAUGUGCCUCUGCAAACUCUCUCAAAAAGGAUUGUUCAGUCCAGACUCAACAGCACCCUGGUGGGGGUUUUUACAACCAUCCUGGUCUUUCUCUCCGCUUUCAUUAACAUUUUUACCUGCAGUACGGAUGACCUGAAGACUUGUUUAGGGCAGGAGUUUAACAUCAGCCCCAGCAUUGUAAAUGCUUGCCAUGUCCGCAACUCUUCUUUCAACUACUCUCUCUGGUCUCAGGGCAGCCUCUGCAACAGCUUGUCACCCACCUGCAAUUUCCCAGAGUAUUUCUCUUCAUGUGUGCUGCUCAGUUUACUGGCCUGCUCAGUGUUCCUACAGGUCAGCAGUAUUGGUAAACUCUUCCUCAUGCUCUUCAUUGAGAUCCUGUACGUGCUCAUCAUGGAGGUGCCAGAGGUCAGCCUUUUUGACAACGUGGACCUGCUGGUCAUGGCCAAUGCCAUAGAUAUUAAUGAAACAUGCAUUGUGACAGACACUCGGGUUCCUCUAAAGAUCAUGACUCCAGUCGUCAUCACAGUCUUUGUGCUGGCGCUCUACCUUCAUGCACAGCAGGUGGAGUCUACAGCCAGACUGGACUUUCUCUGGAAGCUACAGGCCACAGAGGAGAAGGAGGAGAUGGAGGAGCUUCAGGCCUAUAACCGUCGGCUUCUCCACAACAUCUUGCCCAAAGAUGUGGCCGCACACUUUCUGGCACGCGAGCGGCGGAAUGACGAGCUGUAUUAUCAGUCGUGCGAAUGUGUGGCUGUCAUGUUUGCCUCUAUCAGCAACUUCUCGGAGUUCUACGUGGAACUGGAGGCCAAUAAUGAAGGUGUGGAGUGCUUGAGACUCCUCAACGAGAUCAUCGCUGACUUUGAUGAGAUCAUUAGUGAGGAUCAGUUUCGUCAACUAGAAAAGAUCAAAACCAUUGGCAGCACCUAUAUGGCUGCGUCUGGGCUUAAUGACUCCACUUAUGAUAAAGCAGGAAGGUCACACAUUCGCGCUCUAGCCGACUACGCUAUGCGCCUCAUGGACCAGAUGAAAUACAUCAAUGAGCACUCUUUCAAUAACUUCAAAAUGAAGAUCGGUCUCAAUAUAGGUCCCGUCGUGGCUGGUGUCAUAGGGGCUCGUAAACCGCAAUAUGACAUAUGGGGGAAUACUGUGAAUGUAGCCAGCCGUAUGGACAGCACUGGGGUACCUGAGAGAAUACAGGUCACAACUGACCUCUACCAGGUUCUCAGCUCCUAUAACUACAAACUGGAGUGCAGAGGCGUUGUGAAAGUCAAGGGCAAAGGAGAAAUGACAACCUACUUCCUAAACGGAGGACCUAACAGCAGUUAACACUCAACGUCUGAUUUUCAGAACAUUUCUGAGAUGAUAUGGAGAGGAGACGCUGUGGGCCAGGCCUGCCAGGCGGUUGAAGGGCAUCCUCCUGGACCAAUCACAAUAGGAUUUGUUCGGAAACAGCCCUCAGCCAGUCUAAGAGUGGCCUCUUUGCACACUUGAGACUUCCUAUAGGAUUAAUGGAGGGCUUUGCCCCCUAUAUUUAAGGCAUGGAACAGCUCAGAAAGAUGGUUCAUCCUCAGAGACCAAAGAAACAAAGGAAUCUCAAGGCAUACAAAGCAGUUCUCCCAGUCUUAUAUUUCUUAUAUUGCCAAGAGAGGACAGAUGAACUGCAUUCUCUGCACCUGGCUUUGGCUCUCUCAGGUGUGGCGGGACUGCGAUCUUACUCCACCGAGUGGUCCUGGUUGCUCCAAAACAAAACUGCAUGAAAACACUGAAGCCAAUAUACCUGUAAAACACAUGUUUUAUGUGUAUAUGAUUCAUCAGUGUAUGUAAAGAGUUCUGUUCAUGUGGUCCUGUUUGGGUCAACACUGUCUAGGUGAUAUCACAGUAGAUAGAGAUAUCACAAUGAGCUAAUAUAUUGUAGAAGGCCAUAGUGAGCACAGCAGCUCUAAAAACCCUUUAUGGUUUCCCAAACUUUGCCGCAGCGACUGUGGUUGUUACUGGUAAAGGAGCUAGUGUUACCUCUGAAUGAUCUAGAGCUGAGAAUUAACUUAAAAAGUCCCAAAGUCAUUAAUUUUCAGUGUUGGGAUUUGCCCAGGUCCAACAAUGCAACAAAUUUAGACUGACCUGAUGGAGCAUGUCAGUCUGUCUUCAGUCAGAUACUGUAGUAGAGAAUCACUUUGAAUAAAUUUUGUCCUUGCAGUCAGCAAUUUAUGUUUUAAAUCAUGUGCUGGGACAGUAUUUAAAAAAGGAUGCAUAUGACAAUUAAGUGUAUGUGGACCCAAAUAGCCCAGCGUUUAUACUGUUGAGACAGAUAACACAUUUACAAAGAGCAGGCACUGAUUCUUGUUCAGCUUUAAUAUGAUGCAUACUGCACUGUUACAACUUGUAUACGACACGUUUCCUUCCAGAAUGUUCAUUUUAGCAGCGUAAAUUGGUUUGUUGUCAAUAAAAAAAUUAGAUUGAACAAGCAACCAACCAGUACAGCGGAUGGUGACAUGCAAGUCGCUGGCGGCAUAAACAGGGCAUGUGACUUACACAUUUAAAUUCACAAAACUACAGACACUUGUAUACACCGAAGACACUUUUAAGGACAGAAGUGAACGGUCAAAUAUGGCUGUUUUUGUAUUUUAAACAUUUUAUAUUUUGACUCCAAAAGCCAAACUGUCAAAGCUAUUUUAGAUGAUAUAUUUUAUACAUUAAUAUAUUAGAAUGCUGUCUAUAAACACACACACUCACAUAUAUAUAUAUACCUAAUGAAAUGCUACAAUCCUGCACAUUUGAACAGGAGGGAGAGGUUUUUAAGUGUAAAUUCAGUCACUCUUUUGUCGCUGCAUCCAUUUGGAUAAAAUCAGUAGCUAGCCUUGUAACCAAGUAAGCAGAAUAUGUUUGGCCUUUCUCCAAAAAGGGUUUCUGUAUCCUGUCAAGUACACUACAAUGUAAUUAUGAGUAGAAAUGGAUUUGCACAAGGUGAAAUGGCAAGUGAGUGUUUCAGAACAGCCACAGUCGUUUAAAGCUUGGCAAACACAUCUGCAAAUAUUGAUUUUAGCCUUGCGUUUCUGGUGCGUGGGACAACGAGUUUGGAUCCUCUAGGGAUGAUUCUGUUAUGCCACAUAUCUUCACCAUUUUUGCACUGCAGCUCGACCAGCAUUUCCUUCUCUCAGUUCAGUCUGAUGGUACGACCCAAUGAAUGUCCAUUUUCUCCAAUGAGGCCUUUUUAUGGAGUGUGUACACAAACAAAUAGGGUACUCCAUAAAGUGACAUUUUUGUUAGCUUAACCCAUUUCAGAUCGUCAGUUAAUUCAGAUAGUAUUAUGAUAUAAUGUGUUGGAAAAAUCUAAACUAUUUGGUUCUGUUCUAGCUUCUCAAAACUUGGACCCAGCUGGGCUUACAGACUCUCAAAAAUUUAGUGCCAU